CACGCUAGCUAGCUCCCUGUCUUCCCUCCCUUCAAAGCUGAUAUUUCCCCUGACUGGCCGCGUGCUCCGAGCACAGAGCUAGCACUGUACCAGCGGCAUGGUGAUUGUCAUGGACAUAUACCCUGAAGAGAAGCCAGAGAUGACGGGGGAUCCGGGAACGACCCAGCUGGUGUUUGAGGACCCGACGUACCUCACCACCACUAUGGGCCAGCUCAACGCACUGAGGAAAAACAGACAUUUCUGUGACGUUAUCCUGCAGGUUGGUCCAAACGACAUUCCGGCGCACCGUGCCUUACUGGCCUGCUGUAGUCCGUACCUGUUCGAGCUCUUCAACUCGGAAGUGGAGGGCAGCAACCACCUGAGGUACCAGAUCGAGAACGCCAGCCCUGCCGCGGUCGAGAAACUUGUCGACUUUGCCUACACUUCAAGAUUGUGCGUCCAGGGAGAGCAUGUUUGUGACUUGUACUCAGCGGCCAAACUGUUCCGUAUGGAGAGUGUGAGAAAAACCUGCUCCAACUACCUGGCCACACACCUUACACCCGCCAACAGUGUCGGUGUGAGAUCGUUUGCCUACGCCGUUAACGACCACGAACUCAUCAGUGUGGUAGACAAGUACAUCAGGGACAACAUCAUGGAGGUUUCAGUCAACAAGGAAUUCCUGCUGCUGCCUCGACUGCAGGUUGAGUUGAUCAGAAAAGAAGCGGACACCCCGUCCAGCAUCGGAGACCUGACUCUCUUCAACCUGGUGGUGGAGUGGGCACAGAAACUGGUGGCAGACAGCACUGAGGACGUCAAGGACCUUAUGGAGCAGGUGCACCUUAUGUUGUUGACCCCGGAGCUACAACUGAUCGACUGCGAAGAGGCCGACCAGGACCUGGCGGGCGGAGAUGAGGUUAUCCUGGACUACCAGCGCCGCGCCGUGCGUAAGAAGUCGACCACGACGCCACACAAGAGGCGGGAGGGCCAACAGAACGGACACAGGAGCCCGCGCAGCCCCACAAGCCUCCGCGCCGCGCGGAAGCUCAUCAUGGACACAGAGGACAACUGUGGCUGGGGACUCAUCGCAGCAACACAGACCUCGGACCACAGCUAUGUGUGCAUCGCGAUGCUGGACGGGGGUCUGUCUGCGAUAACGCUGCACGAGCGGGCCCAGAGCCGCUGCGUGUCGCGCCAGACAUCCAUGGUGGAGGACAUCGGGGGCAGUAUGACCCUCAUGGAGCCCAUGAGUCACCCCCGCUGUGGAGCUGGUGCCGUGGAACUCAACGGGAAACUCAUCGCUGCAGGUGGCCAUAACCGUGAGGAGUGCCUUGACACCGUGGAGGCCUACGACCCGAGCCUGAACACCUGGACCCCGCUGCACGCCAUGUCCACCUCGCGCGGCCGGUUCGAGAUGGCCGUGCUCGAGGGAAAGCUGUACGCCGUUGGGGGGUCCAACGGCUCGGAGGAGCUCACCUCUGCGGAGUGCUACAACCCGAACACCAACGAGUGGAAAACUGUGGCCAACAGCAAGUUUAGCAGGUGUAGCUCAGGAGUUGCAGUACAGGAUGGUCUGCUGUAUGUAGUAGGUGGACAGAGUGGCCAGUGUGGUCUGCGCAGCUGUGAAGUCUACAACCCACAAACAGACACAUGGAACCCCAUCUCUCCACUCAACACUGGGCGUUACCAGACAGGUGUGUGUGCGUUGGACGGCAGUGUGUUCGCUGUAGGUGGAACUGACUCCUGGAACUGCCUGAGUUCAGCCGAGGCCUACAGCCCCGACGACGGACAGUGGAAAACCAUCGCUCCUCUCAAAACUGCCAGGCGCGGGGCUGGGGUAGCAGCUUACAAAGGUAAACUGUACGCGGUUGGCGGUUUUGACGGCGUGAGCUCGCUGGACUCGGUGGAGUGCUACGACCCGGACACCGGCAAGUGGACGUCGGUAGCAGGAAUGAACAUGCCGCGCUCCAACGUGGGAGUAGCCGUGGUGGACGGGCAUCUCUUCGCGGUGGGGGGCUUCGACGGACAGACAUUCCUCAACACCAUCGAGAGGUACAACGAUGAGACGAAUGAGUGGAGUUGUUUCACCACCACGCAAGACUAGCCUCUGUACCGUGAAGAAAAAGUUUACUACUCAGAAUUCCGGGAAAUGUAUUCACUUUAUGUAUCAUAUUCCUUUUUGUAUGUCAAGCAGCAGUAAGUCUCAAAAAAACUGUUUAUGAAGAAAAAAAAGGUUUGAUUUAGACCUUCAGAUACUUCUCUUGCAUGUAUAUGCAUCUAGAAAGGUUAACUGAAAGGAUAUCAGAGUAUUUAGACAUUUGGUAUAUGCAAUCAUGCCUGCAUUUAGUUUCCUCACCUGAAACUGCAUGCGAGAAAUUUGAAUUACGUAGCAAUGGAUGAUAACUUGCUUACCGAUUGACACUACGUACGGUCAGGUCAAUCGAUAUUAUUAUGUUCUAUGCAGUUUUGAUUCUCAAAAGUUCAUUGUUCGCAGGAUGACUUGCAAAAACUUUUGUAGAAAGAUGUUAUUCAUCCUCCAAAUUUGUAAAGAAAAGUUGUCAGGGAGUAUGAAAUGUUGAAAUCGUGGUUUCUUCCUGAUGUGAUGGUAUUGGGGAUUAAAAAGUUGUUUCGUAGCAGGAUGAAUUUAUAGAGAUUAUUUGAUGGUGAAGUUUCUAGAGGGAGCCGUGUUGUUUGUGUGGUGGGAUUUUUGUGUUGUGAAGUGCGAUGGAGUUAGUCAUGUUCUUGUAUCUACCAACUUGAUCCAUGCAACACACCACCUAGUAAUUCUGUACGUCUGAUUUCUUUGUAUGAUCAAAAUUCUUGUAUCCGUCCAAAAGUUGUCAGCUCUGUGGUAGACAUAACUGCCUUACUGGCCUUCAUUUGGAACCGUUUUGGGUUCCCUCCGACUCAGCUUUCUGACUUCUUAACACGUUUCAGUGGUAGACAAGUUUGAUUUUCUCAAUGAGAAUUUAUCUUCAUGGCCAACGAAGUCACCAAAGUGUAUCAUAUAGAUUGUAAAAACUAUGCUGCAAAAAAAA